AUGAGCGGCACUGUGAACUCGCGGUUUCCGAUUCGUUCUACGAUUAGUCCAGACGGAAAAGUGGUCGUCUCUGGUUGCGAGAGCGGCCGCGUCUUUGUCUUCUCCAUUAAGCAAAUAUUUAGUAUCUAUAGAUGAAAAAUAAAAUGGAGGAGGAUAGCAUAGGAUCUAUAGGGGUUUAGGAGGCACUUUAAGAAAGAUAGCCGGUUACUUUUACAUGCUAAUCUUGAUUCCUCCCAAACGAUAGUAUAAUAGGUGUCCAAGAAGAUAAAGAUUAUCUGCAUUGUAGCUUAGUAUGCAGGUAAAAAGACCAAGUAAGUAUUGUUGAGUAUUACUAGAUGGCCACCAGAGAUGCAUCUUGAUGAUACUAGAUGUCUAUUAGUGAUAAAAUAGACAUAAUGUGGGCGAGGACGAGGAGGAUCGUCAUACCCCAACAAUUCUUGUGGAAGAUGUACUGGGGAUUCUUUUGAAAGGUGCAUUUGAAAUUGUGACUAAAUCAAGAGAAAGGUGUCGUUGGAGGCUGCGGUCUUGUCUCAGCAGUGCAGCAUAUCCUCUUCGCCAUCUGUAACUAGUUGCAUCCACUACCAUUACAAUACAAGAAAGUGUAGAUUAUUUGAUGUGCAAGAUGCAUUGUAAUGCAAGUGGGUUUUUUUUUGAAUUUUCUGGUUCUAAUUUGGGUGCGACGGGCAAGACAGUUGAGGUGUGGCAAGCAGCACUUGGUGUACAGCUAUCGAGCCCAGUAGUGGACUCGAGAUGGUCCAAAACGCACCAUUUCCUAGCCUUCGCUGCGUUCGGCGAGGAAGAACCCCCGAUAUUGGUACUUGAUUGUAGUAUGUGUCUUAUGCUCCCACAUUCUAAUUCUAAUGUGCCCCCCUCCGGACGGCGAACUAUAUCCAAUCCAAUCGAGCAGUAAGCUGCUCUCUUUGUUUAUUUUGUAAAGGCCUGAUUUCAUGCAGGUUUUUCGACACGUGAAUCAAGCUGGUGAUUCGGAACCCAUGCGAAGUUUAGGGCGCGACGUCUCCUCACAAGGCCGUGCUUCGCGUGUAGCAGGUAUUAUAGAUCAUUUUUGCGUUCUGCAUAAUUCGUGAAAUUAUUCUCUGCAAAUCAAAAGGAAUUUUCACUGCAAAACGAUAAGGAUAUAGUAAAAGGAUGCUAAUCUUCCAGGUCCUAUGGGCGGCGCGGACCCGUCUCCGGGACUGAUGGGAUACGACAAGAAAAACGACUUGAAAGCGCAGAUUAUGGCACAGGUAAAGGACGGCCGACGCCAAGUGCAAAUGAUGGAUUCUAUCACGAGGCGGAGCGGUUAGUAGCCUGGUACUGGACCACGCGUUGCCCAGAGGGUGGUCUUUUCCAUUCAGCUUCUACGCCAUAUUGAUUACGUUUCUAGGCCCAAUGGUGGACUCUCAAUUAUCUUAAAGUUUCAUGUUUUGGAAUCUCUGAUGUUUUGAAUGUGGUGGUUUCUAGAUCAUGCUCUGUUUGUGGCCUUGGUGGUUACCUGCAGAUGUACGGCUCCUCCGAUAUUCGUAGAUUUGUGGCCGAAUGUACGGUCUUAUGCGCCCCCAGUAUUGAUUGAAAGGGCGGUGGCAUAUAGUCCUAACGCAAAAAAAAAAUGGUUACGUUGAAGAUGAACCGCGACAGGGACACACACAUAACAAGACUUACUAGGGUUUCCGUCACGUCUUUUACCGAUGCUACUUACUUACAAGAGGGUGCGUUAUUCCGGAACGAAGUCCCAGGAAAGAGCUAAUUUUGUGCAGGAGAAGAAGGAUGAACAAGAUCUAGAGAGUUUAUUGAGAAGACAGAAUUGGUAGAAUUUUGAGUUAUUUGGAGACGCGAUGUUUGUAGGUACUAGACAAUAAGCGGAAAGCGAACCUAAAGGAGUUUCAAUGCUACUAAGGAGUUUCAAAGAUAUGAGAACAACUCUAGAUGAUGUGAGAAUGAAUACUUAUUUGUAGAUUUUUACUCCAUUAUUGCGUGGCCCAAUGACAUGAUCCAAUGGCCACCAGCUCUAAUGACCAGCUCCAAUGGGCCCUAAGCCCUAAGCAUAUGCAUAACAAUCACCCCCCUCCUUGAUGAUCAGGAUCCAACUUCUAAGUUUGGUACGUCGUGCGUGCUAGUCCUAGUCAACUACGUGUUAC